UUUUGGGCACACCAAAUUCCACUCCUAUCAACAACACAAAUUGGAGGUUUCUCUCAUAACGAAUGACACAAUUUCCUUUGACCCAUCUUCGAAUAUGGCCAAUAAACUUCAAAAAUCUGACCAAAAGUUUGAAUCUUUAUCCAAAUCUUUAAGGAUCUUGUGUUGCUUUUGGAUACCCAUCAAUCACUUCAACCAGAAAUCCUACAUAUGGGGUCGUGAGUUCGGGUCACUCUUUGGUGAAUUAUUGAAGGAAAUGUGUGUGUCGGAAGUGCUUGAAUCUCUUGUUACCUCACUGUUAAGAGUUAGGGCCAUAUAAGUAAAUGUGGUGGGUCACUCGUUGAUAAGUCGAUAGAAGUACCGAACCAGUGAUCCACGAUCAUAAGCAGGGCGGAAUGGUUGGUCCUCGGGAUUCGAGGACGCUGCAUGACGCUCGCAAGACGAGUCUGUGACAUUAUGCUUCUUAUCUCUUAAGCUUCCGCCGUUCACAUCGGCGAUAUCGAAAUCUUCAAAUAUCCUCUUGUGUGAAAAGUGUUUUCAAGUUGCCGAUCGUUGAGGCACAUCUUUGUCGAUUUUCUUGCAUCAAAUGGAUGGUCUUAAUUUGCUUAGACGCGUUGAUAUGCCUACCGAUGCAAUGCUUGAACGCGAAUUUGAAAGGGCUAAGCUUAGCAACUUUAAGAUUCGUGAUUAUGUUGCUAGCGAGGGCAGGAAAGAUCCGAAGAAAUGUUGGUACUUUCAGUCAUUAAUUGACUAUGACGAAUACAGGCGCCUACGAGACGGUACUGGUCUACGAGUCGGUACUGUUUCACUGUGUGGUUUUUUGAUAGCAUGGAAAGUCAAAAGAAAAAGGAGUAAGCGAAAAGUGGCUGGAGAAUCUAAAGAUCCUGCAGCAUCAAAAGUAGAAAAAAAGAGGAAGAAGGGAGAAGAGGUCGAACCUACAAAUCCUGCAGCAUCAAAGGUAGAAAGCAUGGGAAAGCAAAAACAAAAGGAGGUGAAAUCUAAAAGUCCUGCAGCAUCAAAGGUAGAAAGCAUGGGAAAGAAAAAACAAAAGGAGGUUGAAUCUAAAAAUCGUGCAGCAUCAAAGGUAGAAAGCAUGGGAAAGAAAAAACAAAAGGAGGUUGAAUCUAAAAAUCGUGCAGCAUCAAAGGUAGAAAGAAAGAAAAACCAAAAGCUUAAAGAGGGUGGAUCUAAAAAUCCGGCAGCAUCAAAAAUAGAAAGAAAGCGAAAGGGAAAGGAGGCUGAAUCGGAAAAUCCGGCAGGGAAUACCAAUAACGUUAUUGACGUUGAAGAGGACUCCGAUAACAUGACCCUUGGAGAGUUUAUGAGCAAACAAAGAGCUCUCAAGAAGAAGAAGAAACAAACGGCAUCGGAAGCUGAAGAACCACGUGAGCCCGAGAUGACAGACGACGAGAAGUGGGACCCGCGGACCACACCGUGUUAUUUCUAUGAGGACCCUGCUGACUUUCCCAUAGAAAAGAUGAGGAAGUAUCUGAGAAAGCUUACGGAUAGGGAAGUGAUCGUACCAUGAAGAGUUUGAGACUUGAAUUUCGUAGUAGUUUUUAACGGUUUUAACUAUGGUAUUGUGGUUUGGAUUAUGCUUUGAUCUUGUGGUUUGAAAUACAUUGAAGUAUGUUUGAAUUAUAACAUGGUUGCUUUUCCUGCGAA